AUGGCUUCUUCAGUGAGCAUGAUGCCAAGUGGCUGUAAGAUUUUCACCACCAUGCCUGAUAUUCUAUUCAUUCCAGAGUUUGUGUUUGGUGGAUUGGUGUGGACCCUAGUGGCCUCCACCAAGGUGGAUCCAGCAAAUCCUCAGGGCUGGGUCAUGUUUGUGUCUCUUUUCUGCUUCCUUAUAACAACUCUCUGGUUUAUCAUAUUUAUUACCGGCAUAAACCAGAGCAGCAUCUGGCCUGGCUUGGUGAUGGCGUUUAUUGUCACAUUACUGUACUGGAUUCAUGCAGUCCUCUCUGCUCACCCAUGUAAGUCCUCUUGA